AAUAUCCGAUAUUUAGCUAUCGAGAACAAAAAUAUUUUGUAUGUAACAUUACUAGAUGGAUGCGGUAUUAUUUAAAAUGCAAUGCAUCGCAAUAUUGCUAAAAUGAUUCGUUGCAAUCUUUCCAAAGAUACAGUAAUGUUCCGCGACAAAUUUGUAACAUUGCAAUCUUUCAGUGAAAUUAUCUCGUGGUAUAAAAUUAUUCUGCAAUCUUUCUGGGUUACAUAAGUAUAAUUAUGUAAACGUUAUAUAAUUUUCGUAUGGAUUUUUAUAUACAAUGUAUUUGAAUGCAAAGAGACUCAUAUAUAAAAAUGUUUAGCGGAACGCAAAUUGAUGCAUCGCCUUGACAUAACGUUGCGAAUAACACUUGAUGCUCUAUCACGCUCGUUCUGCGUUUUAUUACUUGUCGUUGAAAGAAAAAAGAUUUUUGAUAUGUUUAUUUAUGUUACCCCGUUGAGAAACGCGAUGUAUUUACACCGAUUAUACACGCGUAUCGUCUAAAAAUGUAUGGUGGACGUAUGAUAUCAUCAGUGACGUCAUCCUUGGUACCGCGCACAAAACGCAACGCUUCAGUCAGUCGCUGACGGCCGGUGUGCAACAACGCGUUUCCAUCAGAAUUAAUACUAGAACGAGGUAGCGAUGUCCCAUUCAGUGACGAUUAGAACGCAAACAGUGACGAGCAGCUCGGCGACGAUAGUCCUCAACACUGGCUACUUGAAAACUUGGAGUGGUAUUUUAAAGCUGCUACAGUUGGCGCUGGGAAUAGUUUGCGUAGGAAUUGCUGGUCACGAAUUUACUAACAAUGUAUAUCGGACCACCGCAGAGCUUUUCUUUCUUCUUAUAACAACUACAUUUAUGAUUAGCACUUUCAUCCUUCUUAUGAGUUGCCUGACAUCUUUUUCUACCGCAUCUAUUAUAUCUAAAACUAUUCAUGAACUUCUUUAUCAUUCCAUUGCAUUUGGACUAAUACUUGCGGCCUCGUUGACACUUAUGGUGCACAUCAAUAACUACAGGCGUUAUAACUAUGAGCUAUUAUUAGGCGCUUCCAUUUGCGGUCUGGUAAACGCGGCUUUAUAUAUCUUGAGCACAAUCUUCGCUCUUCGUACUUACAGAGGAAUCUAAGCGCACGAAUUAUGCGACUGUUACUAAGUUACUAAAAACGGAUUCUUCAUAUGAAACAUGAGGAAAUGUUUUACAAAUAAAGCGUGUACAUUUUAGGAACUUUGUUAUAACAACUAAAUUAAUUAAAUUAAUGUGUAAAUUGUACAACGAAUUUUGACUGUCGGACAACAUUCAAUACUUGGCGAGUAUUGAAAAAAUGCCGAACGAUAUUUUUAUGUUGCAUAUUUUAAAAAAUUAUAUAGAGCGUUUACGUAUUUUUUAUUUUUAUACAACAUUCAUUGGUUCUCAGACGAAAUUGCAAGAUUAUGUUUACUAAUUGUUCUUCGUGUUAUUUAUCCUAAUCGUAAAUAAAGUUGAAAAAUCACAAUUUUCUGUAAUGUAAAAAUUAAAGUAAGAAAUACGCGAUCUCCACGUUAUACGAAACCUUACUAUUGUACAUAUUUUUUAUCAAUAUGUGCCACUUACAUUUUAUAUUAUGGGCUUGCUACGAUUGUGUGAUUGCGAUCAUAUUCUCUUGCAGAAUCUGUAUUUAAUAUAAACAUAUUUUACAUAC